CAGCAGCCCACUUUGGGGACCGGCCAUCCCCUGGGGGGCCCUCAGGACAAGGGGGAUCGGGGCAGUUACCCCCAAGCACCACAGCGGCUCCGUCCCUAACCCCCCUCAGAGCGGCUCCCCCUCAUCCACCCGGGGCUGCCCCGGGGCGAUGGCGGCGGAGGAAGGAGGGGGCCCGGCGGGCGGCAGGGGGAGGCCGGCUCUGCUGCGAGGGAGGGGCCGGCACGGCGGCGGGGCCGGCGGUCUCCAGGCGGCAGCGAGGAGGAGGAGGAGGAGAAAGGAGGAGGAGGAAGCAGGAGGAGGAGGAGGAGAGCUCCCCUGCCCCACCAUGCAGCAUGGGGGAAGAGGCGAGCAGGGUGGCCUUCCCCUGCUCCAGCUGGAGCCUCUCUGAGGGCACUGCACUUACACAGCCCCAAACAGACUGCAGGCAGAAGCUAAGCAUCAGGAAGAUGACCGUUCUCCUCAUUGAAGCUUUUUAUGGGGGCUCCCACAAGCAGCUGAUGGAUCUUCUUCAGGAAGAGCUGAAGGAGGACUGCGUGCUCUGUACCCUCCCUGCCAAGAAGUGGCACUGGAAAGCACGGACGGCUGCCCUUUAUUUCAUGCAGACAGUGCCAACGAAUCCAAAUUACAGGAUCCUCUUUGCAAGCUCGGUGCUUAACCUGGCUGAACUCGCUGCCCUGCGCCCUGACCUGGGCAAAUUGAAAAAGGUCCUCUACUUCCAUGAGAACCAAUUGGCGUAUCCUGUCCAGAACUGGAAGGAAAGGGAUUUUCAGUACGGAUACAACCAGAUUCUUUCAUGUUUGGUUGCUGAUGUUGUGGUGUUCAACUCUGCUUUUAAUAUGGAAUCAUUUCUUACAUCCAUUGGAAAAUUUAUGAAGUUGAUUCCUGACCACAGACCAAAGGAUUUGGAAAAAAUAAUCAGACCAAAGUGCCAAGUUCUUUACUUUCCAGUCAGGUUUCCUGAUGUGAGCAGGUUCAUGCCAGAACAUAAGCUUGCCCAUUUGGAAAACUUAAUUGGUGUUAAAAGCAAUGGAGAUGCUUAUCAAUUUGCAGGCCUGCCUGGCCAGCAGAAGAGCAGAGCUUUGGGAGGUUUAAUGAAAAACAGCAACGUGUGUCAUGAGUCUGGACUUUGUGAAGCACAGCCUGGACUUUGUACCACACAGCAUGAGGGACUGCAUUCCCCAUUAACAGCACCAGAGAGAUUGAACAAGUCUGAAGCAUCAGAAAGUACAAAUCCUUGUCAAGAAGAAGAUAAGCAACAUCUGACUUUUAACCUCUGUAAUAUCUGGAGUGGAAUGGACUAUCAGCAGAGACCUUUACAUGUUGCCUGGCCUCACAGGUGGGAACAUGACAAAGAUCCUGAAACUUUCUUUAAAGUGCUGCUGAAACUGAAAGAGAAAGAACUACCUUUUCAUGUGUCCGUCCUCGGAGAGUGUUUCACUGACGUUCCAGAUAUAUUUUCAGAGGCCAAAAAAGCAUUGGGAUCUUCUGUCUUGCACUGGGGCUACUUACCCAGCAAAGACGACUAUUUCCAAGCCCUGUGCACGGCCGAUGUUGUCGUCUCAACAGCUAAACACGAAUUCUUUGGAGUGGCAAUGGUUGAAGCUGUAUAUUGCGGUUGUUAUCCACUGUGUCCCAAGGCCUUGGUGUACCCGGAGAUAUUUCCAGCUGAAUAUCUGUAUUCUACACCUGAACAGCUUUUUAAAAGGCUUCAGAAUUUCUGCAAGAGACCAGAUAUUGUAAGGAAACAUCUCUAUAAGUUAUAACUUUUACAGCCCUGGAAGCAUCGUGACCAGGGUAGAUACAUGUUACCCCUGCACGACAGAGGCAUUCCAGGCAGCGUUUGUAAAAACCUGGAUUCACCUGAAAGUCCUUCGAGGGAGCGCGUAGGCAGAUAUGCUGCUUGCGUUACCUGUGCAAUAUAAAAGCGGUCUCUCCUCGAGCAUUCCUUGGCUGAAGCCACCCAGGCACACUGUUAACGAGCGAGUCGAGUAAUCUCCUUCCUAAUUUGGAGGCUCAUGCUGCCAGCAGACCUAACCUCAUCUCUCCACAUUCCUCCCUCUGGGGACCAGAAAGUCUUGGUCUUGCUGCGUCUCGUGUGCCUCCCUACCCUUUUGCGCACACAUGUAGCAGGAGGGAGAGUUUAGCCCGCAUUUGACUUUUUUUGUGACCUAAAAAUAGACAUUUACAUAAUGACACAUCAAAGAUGAUGUUGUUUCUGCAGGAAACAGUUAAACUUCAAGAAAAAAGGAGAGAACCAAAAAUGCAAUUUAACACCCAAUUUCAAGCUCAUUAUCUUUCAUUGUCUAUUAACUUGGCAAUGGUUCAGAAGGUAGCUCAUAAUAGUUUAAAAUGCUGACUGAACACUUCCAGCGCUCAGCAUUACUUCUUGAGUCAAUAGUAUUGUAUAGUUAGACAUGGUGGCUUCAAAGGGGAAGCAGUCCUUAAACGUUUACCUUGACAUUUCCCAAUGCUUCAAGUUCAGCUAACAGUUCUGCUCACGUGGAUCUUCUCUGUGCUUGUGGAUCCCCAGCUCCUAAAUAAAAGCCAGGGCUGGCACACCAAAAGUGGAAAGAAUGGCAGGUCAAAUACUGAUGUGAAGCAGUAUGGGUUUAAAAUGCGGCACAGAGGGCAGUGUCCACACAAGCCCCAUAACCAAAAUACUGAUUUACUUUAAGGAUUCUCUUAUGGAAAAAAAUACUUUAAAAACAAAACAAAACAAAACAACAACAACAAAAAGAAAACACAAAACUUGGAAUUAUUUGUAGCCAGGGUGCAACUACAGAAAUGGGGGGGCUUACUCUAUCCUUUGCAAAUGGUCUUGUGUGCUAUGAACAGUGCAGCUCCAUCAGAUGUCCUGAGUGCUCAGUGUCUGCAACAGGUAGGAACUGAGCUGCAUGGGGAUUGUUUUAAAAUGAGUAAAGCAGGGCCUAAUCCAGAACCUGUGAAUACCAUUGAAAAGAUCCCUGUUGUCUUUAAUAGGCUUUGGCUCAGCUCUGAGAAUACUGUUAGAGUUGUCUUUUGUACCUACACCCACGUACACUAAGUCUUUAUUUUGCAAUGAAACUAUCCGUAAACCUUCUAGGAAGAUGCUAACUUAGACAUGUGUAACCAGGGUUGGAAUGAUGCUUCUUUUUUGGAAGCUGAAAAGAGUGAAAUCAUGAAGGGCACACAGUGCUUCCACUGUAGUCCCACUUAUUUCAGAAUAGUAUAAUAGUAUAUGCUAUAGUGGCAUAGAAGAGGGCCCCCACCACAGUAAUAUAUACCAACUAGCUACUUCUCGUUCAGAAACCUUCCUGGCACGCUCCCUACCACAGUUCUUAAAGUAUCUGUACGGUCUUGGAAAAAAACGUAAAGCUGCUUUAAAAGCAAAUAAUGCUUUUCUUUACUGCUUGGGGAUUCUGCUUUAUAGAUCAGAAGGUAAUCAGCAUCAGAAGUACUUUGGGUUAUCUUUUCAUACAUUGUGUUUUAUUACUAAGGAUACCCGUAGUAAGCAGACAGCAGUCUCAUUAAGCAGUUAUUCCUCCAGUUGUCCUCAGUGCCUGUGCUGACAAAGCUGGGGGCAUGGGGAAGAUGAAUGGCAGUGGGGCAGCCAGGUUAGGGAGCCAGACACAGCGAAUAUCCCUGUGAAAAUGCACAGACCCGUGUAUUAAAGUGUAAUAGCUUAAUUCCACUGAGCAGAUUCAUGCUGGCAGACUUUUAAAAAUGCCCCUAAUGUAAGCACCUAGAGAAACCUUUCCAGAUGAUACAUUACUUACCCUGGGUAUUCUCACAGCACCCAGGGCCGGCUCAUUUGCAUUUCGACGCUGCCUUCUACCAGUUGUUAACAGAAGAUCAAGAUCUGUUGAAAACAAAACCUCAUUUGUUAUCAAUUAUUUGUUCUGUUCUAGUUUUAUGGAAUCAAGAGUUCCUCUUUGGCUAUUUGUGGUUGCCAAAGUGCCAAAAUGAAACAAAUAACAACAAUGGGGCAUCAGUUUCCACUGGAGCACACCACAAGACCUGUCAGGGUCUGCAAGCUCCCCGAGUCCUAUCUCGUAGAUUUAAAAAAUAAAUAAAUAGGGCAAAGCAUUUGUUUCUGCACUAUUUUCUUUAAGUUUACCUUUCAGUUCCCUCACUUCAGUUUCUUAAUUUAAAACAGCAUGUAUAAAGAGUAUACAGUGGAAAGGGACAAGAAGAGUUGCCAAAAGCCAGGCAUGGAAGGAGCUGACAACUUUAAAUAAUCUCUCCCAGCCCUCCCAGCUGAAUGAGUGCUGGUUGACAUGCUGUCAGCUUCAGUUCCUGCAGAAAAAUCCUACUCUCACUCAUGCUUGUUUAACAGAGAAAAGAAUUUGGCCCACUUUCUGACAUUCAUCUUCUCAUUUCCAUCACACUACAGAAGCUCACCUGCCUAUGAAAAGACACAUGGCGUGAUUUUUUUUCCUUCUUACACCACUGUAGAAGAUAAGGAACUGUGCUGAAUUCAAAGGGAUUAAACUGCUGUAAAAUCAAAUUAGGAUCCCUGUUAGACUUUAGACAUCUGAAUUGUUUCCAGUCCCAGAAUUUGGCUGAAUAGGGCUGUUCUAACAAAACUUUUUUCUUUGUUUUUUCCCCUCUUUUUGCUCCAUUUGAGAUAAAGCAAUAUAUUUGCUAUUUCAGGAAAACAGGUGGGAGUUCCCUUGUGAUCCAGCUUUAAUAUUCAGGCACAGCUAGGAAGGUGGCAGGAGGCCUCCUCAGCAACUUGAGCAGGCAGCUCAGUGAGGUUACAUUGAACUGGACGUGUGGGGGCCUGGGAGAGUCCCAUGCUAGUGGCAUCAGCCACUCAGCCCCAUUGCAAGGAACAAAAUUUCUUCAUAGCUCUUGAAGAGACCUUGUUCAAGAACUGUAGACCUUGAACAGGCCAGAGAGGAGGCCUCUGCCCUUACUUCUUCACCACCCUCUGAAAAAACUCCCUGAAAACUUCAUUUUUCCAUAGGGAUGCUAAUUGCCCCUCUGGAUCUGCAUGUCAUGUGUUUACUUUAAUAUCAUGGUUUUGGCAUCAGAGAGAAGGCUGACACAGGUAGAAAUAGGGUGUUAAAGGUCUUCUCUUGGUCUUUUAGAAUUAGAGAUUGGUCUUAACCCAGGAGUUGGAGAUUUUAUAAUCUUGCAUGUUCUUCUUUUAGUAUGAAGUAUUUCCAUGCUGUGCGUACUAGUUCUCCAUUUGACAUUCAGGCCCCUGGAGACCUCCGUUGCUGUCUUUCUUGGCUCUCUGUAGCAAGGCAGUUCAUUCCGUGUUUACAGACAUAGGCAUUAAAAGAUUUCCUUCGGUUGGCUCAGAGUGUCCCACCUUCAGUUGCACUGUCUCCUUGUUCUUGAGUCAUUCGCCUGGUAGCAGAAGUUCCCACUCCAUUUUUUCCAUACCAUUCAUUAUUUUGUAAACAUUUGUCAAACACUUACAGUAUCCUGGGCUUUUCAGUCCCCCCUUGUGAAUGUUAUCCCGUGUUUAUAUUCUUACCACCUAUCAUUCAAGCCAUUUUGAUGCUUGAGAGCUGUUUUUGUGCUGGUGUGAUCAUUACUUUACAGAGUAUUCUAGGCCAUGCCAUCAAUUUAUGUGAUGUGUUGUACUCUGUGAUAAUUUUCAACCUGCUCCUUAUGGAGCCAAACACACUGUUUACUUUUUAACCGUGAAUGUAUAUUGAGCAGAUGUUUGCUUACAGUGUUCUCCAGAUCUUUUGUCCCAAGCUGAUAAAGUUAAUUUAGAGCUCUCCAGGCUGUGUGAGUAGUACAAAUAUUCCCACCCAUCGUGCUGACUUUCCUUUUGGUGGCAGAGAAAGUUUGCAGGGAAAGAAGGAGGCCCUGUGCUGAAUUCCUGCUUCAUAUACCUGGUUGGUAUUAGGUGCGGGACAGAAGUAGGCUGAAAGCACAGGUGUGAAAUUUGUAUUUUCCUCUUGUGAUGCUCAAUUUCCAGUGAGAAUAAUUUAAAGUGGUUUCAGAGAUGGUCUAAAUCUGCCUCUCAGAGCCAGUAUAGGAAGGUUAGAGCAGCUAGAAAAUGAAGAAAAUGCUGCCUUCAUGCCCUCCCAUCUCUGUUGGUGCUAGGAAGAGCUGCCUAAGGAUGAGUCCUAAGUAAAAUGUAUGAGUCAAGUAUUUUUUAUGUGAAAGAAUUCCUUGGUUACUUAUUUAGAAUAAUGAAUCCUAGAGUAAUUUGGGGAGGGACCUCUGGAGGUCAUCUGGGUCCAGCCUCUGCUCAAAGCAGGGCCAGCUUCACAGCAGGAUGGAUUAAAUUGCUGAGGGUUGUAUCUAGGUUAGAUUGAAGCCGUCACAUUUUUCAUUCCCAUAUAUCUGAUAGAGUCAAACACCUAGCUAGAUUAGGAGGUAGAAAAAUCUGCCAGACCACGGACACAAUUUAGGCAGUUUAGGUCAAUCUAAGGUCUACAAACUGCACGUGGGUCCAAAAACACCUUUGGUAGAGUGAGUUCUGCUGGCUUGUGUGGAUGUUCUCUGUAGAAGCAAUGAGCUAGCAGGGGCUGUUAAAAGUUGCCUGCUAGGUCAUUCUGGGAGCCAAACAUAUUAUGUUGAGUAUCUCCUUGUUCCUGAGCUGUUUGCUGGAAGCAGAAGCUCCCACUCCAUCUUUUCUCAGGGCUUACCUUGCUGUGGCUCUCUCAAAGGCAAGAGAUCAAGGAACUUUAAGCUCUCUGAAAAUCCUGGUCUACAGCUCGUAGCAGUUGGCCAUGCUUAUGGAGCAGGAAGAAAGCAUUCAUUAAGAAUGCAGUUCUGUGUGCAUCUUUCAGCAUCAACACGAGGACUUUGAACUUUUUAUUAUAACAUUGAUAGAUAGCUUCCAGUUUAGUUUUAGAAAGUAGAUGAACUGUAGCCACUGCAAAAUGGUAGAUGGAGAAGUGGGUCAAAGGAAUUAAGAUUGACAGAAAAGUUGCAAAAUGCAUGAAAAAUAAUUGUUUUUUAGUAAAGUAUAUCUGCAUUACCUUGAGAAAGAAAACCUGAAGCUCUUUUCUUAGUGUUGUGGUUGCUCAAUGUGUUCUGAACCUUCUUUUCCUAGUGGAAGGGUAUCUUGCAUAAAUUCACAUCCAACAUUUAUGUUUUUAUUUAAACACAGAAGAAAGAAAGAAGUGAGUUUUAAAAGGCUGAUAAAAGAAACUGCAGUUUGUUCAAGGAAAUACUAUUACCCUACUGAGGAGUAUUAUAUAGCUCUGACUCGGGCCUCACAGUGCACCCAGUUCACGUAUACCAAUGCUGUCUUUUGAUGGUGGUUUCCAAAGGUGCUUGGAGUUUGAAAGUUGAGCUCCAAAAGUAAUUACUACAAGCUGCUUUCCACCUUGAUUCCUCCCUAAUACUCACUUACAGGAGGAAGGAGGUGGGUCACAGAGUAAGGCUGACCCGACACAAUUUGGCUCUGUAAAUCGCUCUGCUUUCUCGCACUCCAAGUCUCAGGUUUUGUGCUGAAUAAUAAUCAUUGAUUCUUAAUUU